CCUAUAGUGAGAUUGGGCCUCACUUAGGAGAGAUUGAUAAGUUGUUGUGGCCCAAAGAUGAUCACAGAAUGGAGCAGGUUGGUACGGAUGGGUCAAUUGAUACCACUGUUUCUCAUUUGUUCCAGGGUUUGCAAGGGGUCAUUUGGCUGAAGAAGAAAAUCAAGUCCUUAAUGGCAACUCUAAAGGACGUAAGGAGUCAGAGAAAUGAUCUUCGGGGUGAAGUUAGUCGGCUGAAAGAUUCCAAGAAGGAGUCUGAUCAACUCAUAGCUGAUUUGAAGGCUCAACUAGAAUCCAAGGAAGCUGAUGUCGAGAAGCUGAGAGUGACUCUUGGUCAAGUUGAUGAUUUGAAAGCCGAGGUUGCUUCGUUGGAGAAUCGGAUGUUGGUCAUUGGGCUGGAGGCUGAGAUCCAAUGCCGUGGCGUAAUGGCCAGUGAGUUUCGGGAUGGUAAGGCUGAUAGCUGGGAUGUUCCCAAAUACAUUGCUGAUCUUGAGGAAUUGGAGAAGAUGAGGGCUGAAGAGAUAACCCGGGCCGAAGAGUUAGCCACUUCUUUUGGCAUCAUGACUACUAAUGAUCUGGUUGUGGAUGACUGAUUCCUCUUCUACUCGUGUUCA